GAGGUUUCGUCGCCGAUCUCGGUGCCGACGGUGCCUGGCUCGCCCAGGCGAGCUCGCGGGCGGCCACGCGCGCGGCCCUGCCGCGGGCUCUCGUCGCAGGCGGCCGCCGCGGAGGAGCGGAGCGUCUUCGACGCGGAGGCACUCGGCGCCGCGGGCAUCUGGGGCGGCGCGGCCGAUGGCGCCGCGGCGGUGUGGCGCCACCUGAUGGCGCACGCGGAGUUCUACGCGCGGCACCCGCGGGGUGACGCGUGGGAGAGACCUCGCCCUCGGCGUCGGGCCGCGGCCUCCGGUUCCGGCGACGGCGUUGCUGGGCCGGGGCUUGGGCAUCCCGGGGGGGACGGGGGCAGCGUCGCGCGGGUGGACUCCAGCUCCGGCGGCGCCAAGCUCUUGGUGCGGCUGCCCGGCGGCCGGCACGUCGAGACGGCCAUCAUCAGGAGAGCCCCGCUGGAGCGCGCCAGGGCUCCGCCACAGUGUGCGUUUCCUCCCAGGCUGGGUGCGCUAUGGCCUGCCGCUUCUGCGACACGGGGUUGCUGGGCGGCGGGCCCGGCGUGGGCCUGCCGUCGUGGGCGAUCCUCGAGCAGGUGCUCCACGCCGAGGCCCUUCUGCAGCGCGAGCGGCCGGAGGGCGGGUCCGCCCCCGCGAACGUGGUUUUCAUCCGCCCAUGGGCAUGGGCGAGCCCCUGCUCAACUACCGGGCCGUGCUCGCCGCCACGCGCGCCCUCUGCGACAGCGACCCCUCGCGGCGCGUCACGGUCUCGACCGUCGGAGUCACGCCGCGCGUGGGGCCCGCGGACGCUCGCGCAGGACGCGCCCGCCGGGAUGCGCCUGGCCCUGUCGCUGCACGCCCCCACCCAAGGAGACUGCGCGAGCAGCUGAUGCCGAAGCCCGCGAAGGCAUGGCCGCUGGAGGGGCUCCUGCGCGCGGUCCGAGGGUUCCAGGAGGCGACGGGCACCGGCGUGCUGCUGGAGUACAUCGGAGCGGUAUCAACGAUGGUGAGGACCACGCCUCCGAGCUGGCGCAGUUGCUGUCCCGGGAGGACCUCGCGUUCGCAGGCGUGAACUUGAUACCGUACAACCCCACCGUCGCGGGCGCCAGGGCUGGCUUCGAGGCGCCGACCGACGCUCACUGCAAGGCCUUCCGGGCGAGGCUCCGGCGCGCGGGCGUGGGCAACGCCACCGUGCGCUUCUCCACCAAGCUGGGCCGCCGCUGCGGGGCCGCGUGCGGGCAGCUCGGCCUGCGCGGCCACUCGCCCUUCGAGGGGCAACAUCGAGCAGCAGCAGCAGCAGCAGCAGCAGCAGCAGCAGCAGCAGCAGCAGGCCGAGGAGGAUGA